CAAUUUGUAUGAUCAGAAUUCCACCUCUACAACUUCAACAUGUGGUUACAUGUUCUAGGACAGCAAUUUGUGGUUAGAGUGCCAAUAUUUGUCAGUCCUGAUGAAAGAUUUAAACCCAGUGUUGUGGCAUACAGAGAGGGGAUCCCUGUAGCUUCCCUUCCAUGCGCCCCCUAUUGGUGAUAUCCGGAAAAUUGAAAUCCCGGUUUCAUCGACCUCGUUGAACUUCCAGAAAACUGCUAAAAAAAAAUCAACUGCUCGCUCGCUGUAAAAAUACUUUUAUCAAAUAAAUUGUCAGGUGUUUCUCUUGUCAUAUUCCUCAUUCGUUCGACUGUGAGGAGUAAAAAAAAAAGGAAGAAAAAAGAGGAGUGGGUGGAUGGGGGCACAGUCAUUUAAAAAAAGGGGAAAAAAAACUGAGCAGAGCGCAUGCGCCUGAUUUGAAGAGAAUACGCCAUAUUGAAUUCCCGUAGGAAUCACGGCAUUCUUGCAGCUACGAGGGCCAGUUUAUUAGUGGUCCGAAAUUGAUCUCAUGUUUUUAUUUCGCUUCGUUCUGUGACACCGAAUAGCUCAGCGAGUCUCGUCGGAACCGGUACAGCGGCGCAGAUUCAAAACGGACUCGCUAACGACAGGUUACUUGUCGGGGGAGUGGAGGGUGGGGGGUGGGGGUUUACCAGGCAGAGGAGUUGAAUGGAUCCGAGGGUAGCUUGGAUUCAGCCGGAGCAGAAAGGACCUGCGAACGCCGUAUGGAUGCAAAUCUGGGAGACCUCUCAGGGAGUACGGACGCUCUCCGCUCACACUCGGAACCACAGCCGGUGUGUGAGUUAUGCGGCUUUGAUGGCUUUGAAUAAUGUGGCGGCCGCGGCGGCAUCGUGCAAGAGCGCCUGCAGCCCGAGCAACGGGAACGUUACGGGCAGCCUGAGCAACGGCAGCAGCCAUCACAGCAUCAUGAACUGCUCCGCACGCAGCGGAGGCGGCGCGGCCACCUCCACGCAAGGGACACCGGCGACCAACGGGACCGCACAGAGCUCCCUCCCGGUGGCGAACGAGCCGGGCCGGGCCAAAAUCCCGAUCCCGAAGACGGGCUCCGUCUCCUCGUCGUCCUCGCAGGAGUCGGGGACGGAGAACCCCGUUUCCAGCAGCUCGCUUCUCGAGAGGACUUUGGGUGGAAGCGUGGGGGGCGACGUCAACAAGAACGUCUGCGGCGCCGGUCUGCUCCCCGGCUUGAGCGACGGCGCGGAAAACAACGCGAACCUGUACCAUCAGCGACAUCAGCGCAGCCCGGAGGAGCGUCCGGCUUUUAACUCGCAGCAGAUCUGCGCGAAGCAGCACCAGGUCCACCACUCUGCCGUUAAUCACACACACAAUCUCCACCCGGGACGGAGGAAAAGUGACAACAAGGCGAGCACCUAUGGGAUGAAUUACCUGCUUUCGAACUGCACUAAUGGGAAUCAUGUGAACAAUUGGACGCCGUGGAAGAAGAGGAAAUACAGCUCAGGAGUGCUUGGACUCCACGAAGAGGUGAUGGACUUUUACAACUUCAUGUCCCCGCGACCUGAAGAGGCAGCUAUGAGGAAGGAGGUGGUGAAGCGAAUAGAGAUGAUCAUCAAGGAGCUGUGGCCUACUGCGGAUGUUCAGAUAUUUGGCAGCUUCAGCACAGGGCUCUACCUUCCAACAAGCGACAUUGACCUGGUGGUGUUAGGGAAGUGGGAGCGCCCUCCGCUGCAAGAGCUAGAGCAAGCUCUUCGGAAACGCAAUGUGGCCGAACCUUUCUCCAUUAAAGUGCUGGACAAGGCUACAGUGCCAAUCAUCAAGCUGACUGACCAAGAGACCGACGUCAAGGUGGACAUCAGUUUUAACAUGAAAAGCGGGGUGAAGGCGGCGAGCUUCAUUAAAGACUACUUAAAGAAGUAUCCUGUGCUGCCUUACUUGAUCUUUGUGCUGAAGCAGUUUCUGCUGCAGAGAGAUCUGAACGAAGUCUUCACUGGGGGCAUUAGCUCUUACAGCCUCAUCCUUAUGGUCAUCAGUUUCCUACAGCUCCAUCCACGUAUCGACGCCAGAGACCCCAACCAGAACCUGGGCGUGUUACUGAUCGAAUUCUUCGAGUUGUACGGCCGUCAUUUCAACUACUUGAAAACAGGGAUCCGCAUCUCAAACGGAGGUGCGUACGUUCCCAAAGAGGAAGUGAUGAAGACCAUGACAAACGGAUACACCCCAUCCAUGCUCUGCAUAGAGGACCCACUGCUUCCAGGUAACGACGUGGGGAGGGGCUCCUAUGGUGCCAUGCACGUCAAGCAGGUGUUUGACUACGCCUACACGGUCCUCGGUCACGCCGUGACGCCGCUCGCCAAGUCCUACCCCAACAAAGACUGCGAGAGCACGCUGGGAAGGAUAAUAAGAUUAACCCAAGAAGUAAUUGAAUACAGGGAGUGGAUUAUUAAGAAGUGGGGAGGCAAGGAUUCGCCGCAGACGGACAACAGAGCGUCUUCUCCCAAGGAGCCUGUUUCGGAGCAGGAGUCCUGUGUGCUGGGUGGUGGUUUUGUAGGUCCUGAGGAUCAGCAGAGGGACUCUGCUUCACCUCACAGCGCAGACUCUCCCAUGUCCAUCUCCAGCCCCAAGCAGCACUCAUCGGCCUCAUCCGUUUCCUCGCUGUCUGGCUCCGACAACGACUCUGACUCAGCGUUGUCAUACACCCUCCCUCCUCCGACCCUGUCGGCGUACGCGUCGUUCCCGGCGCUCGGCCUCGCCCUGCAGUCGAGCGUCCACCUGGGCACCGGAAAGCACGCCAUGGGAGGACGCCAUCUGCUGCUUCCUCCGGGUUCACAGGCUCACGUCUCUCUGCCCAGUGGUCUAGCAAUGCACUCCAUGCCUGGCAGACAGGUGUGUAUGGACACCGGGCUCCCCUCCUUCUACCACAUGCCCCUCCCAGCCCAUGCUCAUACCCCCGCCCCCUCCAGCCCCCAGCCUCCGCUCAGCCCCCACUCCAGCCACACACACAAGAGUGGAACGAAGUUCAACGUGAAGGGCUUCCACAACCCGCCGCCGGUGAACGGAGCCGCCCUGGCUAACCGCGGACACACACACGCACAGUACCACCGCAACUCGUGGGCACGGCGCAGGAAGAGGGACAGCCUGCCCGUCAGCCUCAGCAGAUAGAAACCACUGCUUCUUCCCCUUUAACCUUUCUCUCCCUCUUUUUUUUUUUUUUUUGUUUUAAUUUAAUUUUUUAUUUUUUGGUCUCCCCAACUUGACACCCAUAAACAGGACGGACGGACGGACAGAGGGACGAGAGACCAGCUGUUUUCACUUUGUUUUCGCGGAGCAGCAUCCCUUUAGAUCCGCAUCCUCCUCUUCUUCGUUUCAGUAUUAUGUUCCUGUCAGUGUUGUCACUUUUUUUUUUUUCUUUUUUUUUUUGUCGUUUCCAUCGGUGACGGCACCACCAGCUUCACUCGACCUCGCUCUCCAGUCCUUGCGGAAAAGCCCCUUGUGGUUUUUUGUUACACUUUUUUUCUUUUUUUUCCAGCACACUUAAGCCGAUUUUUUUUUUUUUGUUUGUUUGGUGCAAUAAUGUUUUUUCUUUUCAAAAUUAAAGCUGUUAUUUAAUUGUGUGUGUGUAUAUGUAGAGGCAUUUUUUAUUUUUAUUUUUGUAGUUGUAAAAUUUUGUUUACAAAGCGUCUCCCUGGGUGAUAUUUGUGGAGGCUUAGAGCGUGCAUCUCUGUAGGUGAUAAAGUUGGGAUGGACCUGACUUUAAACUUUAAACCCCGCCCCCUCCUCCUUUUCCUUUUCCUUUUUCUUCCAAUGUGUUAAUCUUCUUUAUUUGGCGUCAAUGUGGAGGUCAAAGAAAGCUUUGAUUGCAGUAUUGUCUGUUUUUCAUCCUACUUCUCGUUGAGUUUCAAUCUCGAAGUUUUGUCGAUGUGAUUGUGCAUAUCCUCCUUCCACUAAAUCAUUAGGAUUAGGGAUUAGGAAAUGCUUCAGCUCAGUUUACUUGAAUUUAAAGAUCGAGAGUCUGAGUAAUGGAUAUAAAUCAGUGCAGUCCGACAAUAUUAAGAUGCUCAGCAAUUAGGUUUUCUCCUUUUUGGAACAAAUGGAGGGAGAAAACAAAAAGAAAGAGGAGGUGGGAGGGGGAGACCUGAUGGGAGUUAGUUCUUCCUGAACCAAGAACUCUUAUAUUUUGAUUCCAUCCAGGAAUCUGGUGUAUAUUUAAUUGCCAGGUACUUCCGCUAAUUGUUUGCAAUGCCUUUCUUUGUGUUUACUCGGAGUGUGUGUCCGUUUUCUGCAAACACACACACAGAUACAUAUAUAU